CGAACUUUGGACCAACGACUUAGUAUACAUUUUAGAGAUUUAUACAUCUAUUAUCUAUGUUAGUUUAAUCAAUGUGCAAGGGUGCUGAAAACUGAUCCAGAAUUCAUUAGUAUUUGGUUUAAUAAAUUUUGUAGCAAAAAUGCGUAUCUCUCAAAUGUUACUAAGGUUUAAACUUCCAAAUGGGCAUAUUUUUAGAGGAAAGUAUCGCCUUGUUAAACCAGUGAGUAACCGAUCAUUAGAAACUUUGCGGAAAGAUUAUGAACGAGAAGAACAAAACAUGUUCUAUUUGAGGCAUCCGUACCUCACAGAGGAACAAUCUGCAGGACAUGCAAAGGCUUUAGGAAAGACGACUUCUAAAAUUGAACUCUGGAAUAAUACUAAACGUUUACAUUUUAAAGAUCAUGUUAGGAUAGAAGAUCGAUUGAAUCAUUUAAAGGUUUCAGAAGCAUGGGAGUGAAGCUAAUACUUAGUUACAUUAUAUAGCAAUUUAGUACAAAUGUUUUGAUUUAUCUGAAAUAUAUUCUAAUGA